AUGAAAUCUAAAAGUGAUGUUAGAAUAAAAGAAUUCGAGGCGAUUUUGCAUGGGCAUUUUGUACUGUCAUCAGGGCUGCACAGUGAUACAUACACACAAUGCGCUAAGAUUUUUGAGAAUCCAAGGAGAGCAAGUCUGUGAGCUACUGGCAAAUAAAAUAAAAAAAGAGCUAAAACUCCACAGAUUUAAUUAAUACUCUUUUCUGCAAUUGUUGGAAUAAUUGUUGGUUUC